AGAGCUGCGAGCGAGAGCACACAUCGCGCCGUUCGUUCCCUCCGCGCAUCGACAACAGCGCCGGUCGCGGCGCAUUAUUCAAUCCAGCGGCCAAGCCCCAGCCCGAACCCUGUGAAGGCGUUGAAAACAACAAGCGCUUCGUCCCGCGGCCAAUAUUAGGCAAAAAAUUCACUGAAGUCCGGGCCGAUUUCGAUUUCCAGGUCCGAAAAACCGAGGCCCCGAAUCCAACAUGAGUGACAACGCGAGUAGCAACAAGCAGGAGUACCCAAAGGCCUCAGAUUUCAUGGUCUACGGGGGCCUCUUGGCCUACUUUGCGGGGCUCCUGCUACUCAUCUCCUUCGCCAGCCCGUACUGGCUCCAGAGCUUUGAAGAGACCUUCAGCUCUUUCAAGAACAUGGGCCUCUGGGAAUACUGUUUCGACCAGUUCCGCUUUCCCAACUAUCAAUUCGACCACCUCUUUGAUGGCUGCAAUUGGAUCUUCAGCCACGAACUGUACUUGAUUCGAGAGUGGCUUGUACCCGGUUGGCUGAUGGUUGUCCAGACCUGCGUGACUUUUGCUCUGAUCUUUUCAAUGAUAUCCCAAAUCUUGAUUGCGGGCAUCGUUUGUCGCUACCCUCUGCGCUUCGUUCUCGAGUAUGAAUGGCUGCUCUCUGGGAUUUGCUUCAUCGGCCAGGUUUCUUGCGCAUUUUUCCUCUUUUUGGCGGUGUCGGUCUUUGGCGCCGAAGCUUAUCGUAAGGAUUGGAUGAUGUACCCGCAGUACAACUACAUCUCUUGGUCAUUCGGCCUGUGCGUUUGCUCCAUGUUCUUCCACCUCUUUGCCGCAGUAGCAAUUUACUUUGACACCCGGAAUCUGUAUGAAAACCGAGAGCAGUCAAACAGCCUUGUGAUGCAGAUGUACCCGACCCAGAGGGCCCACAUGACGCACCAUAUGGGAGUGCCUUUGUACCCGUCCCAAAGCAGCCACGGAGGUUACCUGUAGUGUUCCGAUUUUCCCAGCUUAAGAAUCUCCAUGACCAACUGCAGGCACAAUUUUUAUUCGCACAAGCUGGCAGCUGGUUUUAUUUUAUCUGAAGCACUGCGGAAAAGCAUUCCAAUUAUUCUAAUGAUCCUCAGAGUUACUACUACGAAAAGGAUCCGUCCAGUAGUUGAUAAAUGUUGACUUUAGUUUUUAUCUUAGCAACAUUCUUUCUUAUGUUUGAUUUCUUUUUCCAAUUAAAUUGGCGUAGUUUUUUCAUUUUGAAUUAUAGAUCUUUGGUUCAUGAUAGAAGUUAUUAAUCAGAAUCAAAAUGUUGGCAUCACUUUUGUGUUGUCAGAUUAGUAUAAAAAUGGCCUACUUUGUUGAUUGAUAUUGAAGAAAUUCAUGUUGUGCAAACGACAGCAUUUUUAAGUAGGGUUUGCGACUGCCUCUGUAGGUAUAGAGUGAAAUUAGCAUAAACCCAAAUUCCCAAAUAUUUUAUAAUAUCAGGGUUCCCCCAAAGCAGUGAAUAAAUAAAUAAUGAACGCAUUCUCUCUCUCUCUCUUUGCUCCUAAGAGUGCGUAUGUAAUCAUGCACAAAAUUGGAUGUAAAUAACUCUAGUGCCUCAUGAAUAAAUUCAUGUGUUUGGAAUUUGUGAAACAGGGUUAGCAAGACUUAUAUAAAUACAAACACGCCUUUGGUAAGGGGAUCUGUAAUCUGAUAACGUCCCUCCACCGCAGCCUCGACUAAUCUAAUUCAAAUUAGGCUUGCAAAUGCGUACAAAAUUGUAAUGCGCACGAACUGUAAUGUGUGCAAUGAAUUAACUUUUACCAUGGAGCAAAAACACGCGUGAAAGCGAGAGAACAUAACAGAACUUUAUUAAAUGUACGUGAAAUGGCAAAGAAAAAUAAAGCAAAAAAAUUAAUCGGGA